AAGAGAGAGAGAUAGGGAAUAACAAAAAAACAUAAGCAGCCCACGUGCCCAGCAUGCGCAAGGAGGCCACGACGCAGGAAAAUGCAAAUGCAGGGAACAAAGGCAAAGAAAAAGGACGAGGUAGACGGCGCGCCAUGCUUUUCUGCUCACAAAUUGCUUGGCCCUGACCCCCCCCAACAAAACAUGCAGGAAAUGUCCAGUACUUAGUCCAAAAAAGCGGUCAGCGCUUGACCGUCGACGCACACACACUCACACGAAACGCCCGCUUUCUUCCCCAUGCUUAUGCCCCGAACACCGAGAAGGAUCAAAGAGAAAGAAAAAAAAACAACAACAAAGAGUAAGACGCAACAAAAUAAAGCCGUCCCAACCCCCACUCUCUCGCUAAGACGCACACACAAUGCAAG